AGUGUAGUGAAUGACAAAUAUGAUAUAGGUAGGGCAGAACGUCAGUGGAUAGUUUGGCGGUCGUUCCUCGGGGGAGCUUAAUUUUUUAAAUUAAGUUUCAUAAAACCUUAGCAAAUUUUCACCAUGUUUGAGUGGGCAUAUACUGGUGUAAAUGCAUCGAUUCCUAGAAAUGUAGGACCAGAAUGUGCCAGCUACCUGUCUAUGAAAAGACGGGUCAUCGAAACUUUGUUAAUUUCAAUUUAUAUUGCUUUCUUGAUGAUAUGGAGUUUGAAGAGGAUGACCUUACCAAAAUCACUGCCAUAUGUACAAAAAGCAAGAAGAGGAAAAACCAUUUUACUCACUAUGAUGUCUCUAGUCUUUGGAGUUGAGAUCGGAUUUAAACUUUCUGGGAGAACCUUUGUGUACAUAUUGAAUCCUUGCCAUAUUAUUACAAUUGCUGAGAUAUAUUUGCUAGCUGCCGAACCAAAUAGUCCUAAGAUAACUGCCAUCUUUAGAAUGGUAGUAUCAGGCUUAAAUGGGCCAGUUUUAGCCUAUGUAUUUCCAGAAACUGAUUGCAGACCGAUGUUUGCUGAUAAAGCUGUAUAUUACAUUCAACAUGGUUUGAUGGCUGUGAUUCCUUAUUAUCUUGCUAGACUUGGAGGUGCGUAUAGUAUAGAACCAUUGUGCGAUAUGAGUUGGUCGAUAUUUGGGUAUGCAUUGAACUUGGCAUAUCAUUUUUGGGUGUUACAAAUUGUAGGAAUGCUUGUGCAAGUUAAUUUAAGCCACAUGUUGUGUCCUGCUAUUUUGGAUCCAUUUGAGGGACAAAAUUAUCGACUUUGGGCAACUUGUCAUCAGCUGCUGCUAAUUCCUUUACUUUACAAAAUCUUUUACGUUGGGGCGGACUUUUUCUUGACGAAAUGUCCUCUGACAAGAGUAAAGCCAACUCUUGAUUACAUGUUUGUAGAAGAAUUUUCGAAACCAAAGAAUAUGUGCAAAAGUAAUGAGAUUUCAGAAGGUUGUGAGAAUGGCCAUAGACACAGAGAAUGAAAUUUAGUUAAGUUCGGCUGUGAUAGUAUUUUUGCCAAUAUAUACAAAUUCACUCUAAGCACGUGAUAAUUAUGCCUAAGAUGAAAAGAAUCAAAUACUGAAAUUUUAUGAGAUUUGACGACUAGUAUUUUGUUAUUUGCGAUUGUCUUCUUAUGAAGAUGACAGAAAUUUAAUGAAGAAACUGUGUAUCAUACACUACUGGUAUCCAGUAUCCAUGUCUGUGGACAUGCAACUAAAGAAAUUUAGUUUUUAAAGUUUAAUAUUUGCCCACGAUAUAGAGUUUCUAUUUUAUGGCGUAAUUAUUGUAAGAUUAAGGUAUAAGAACACAUUUAUCGAUUACAUUAUUAUGUACAUGAUUUUACUCUACAUCAAAGCACCAUUGCUCAAACAAAAAUUAUCAGUACCUAUCUCAAGGUCUUCAAAACUUAAAAACGUUAGGUAUUUUAAUUACAUCAAGUAUUUUUUUUAUCACAGUCGGUCUGUUUCGAUUUCGCUCUAUGCAUUGGUUGUAGGUGUCUAGUAUAAUACAUGUUCAAAUCGCGCCGCGAGAUUAUUAUUUUCUGAUUCUUGCACAUUCAGCAAGAAGCUUAGCAUUGUUCAAACUUAUUGCACCAUUUGUGACAAGUAAUAUGCGGCCUUGCGAUGGAUGUACAAUUUUUUAUGGGUAAUACGCGCACUUUGUCAAUAUACCGUUGAAAAUAGUUUGAAUGAUUGCUGGUUUUAACGGAAUUGCAUUCCACAGUCGUACUUAAGACUUUAAAUAUAAAAAAGAAGAAACCAACGACAUAUGCAAAACUGCGAUCGCUUUAUCUUAAAAAUGAUUCCCACUACACUCGCAUAUAUAUAUAUAUAUAUAUAUAUAUAUAUAUAUAUAUAUAUAUAUAUAUAUAUAUAUCAAAGAGCAAAUGUAAACCAAUGAAAUAUUUUAUAGACAUCGUUGACUAUCGUUGUGUAUAAAUUGUGUCAUACUACUAACUAAUUCUAUAAGCUAAAUGAAAGAAAAGGCACUAUACAAGAACGCCAAGUACAAACUUCCUUUACGAUACUAGUCUAAGCUGUAAGCUUUAACAAUUACAUAAUUGCUCCAAAUUAGAUUUGGUUGCAGCAGUCUCAUGAGCAUUUACUUUAUUAUUUAUUAUAAAUACGAAUACAUUCGUUCAUGUACAUGGUACUACUACUACUACUAGCGAUUUAUUUGUUGUGCAAUAUUAUUUACUGUUGUACCUAUAUACUUUAAGUUAGCUCUAAAUAGAUAGAUGCAAAUACAUAAAUAUAUAUUUAAAACUUGAAAUAAA